AUGUCUUUAGAUUCUGAUACAGAAGCGGAUAUCUUAGAAAAUGUAGAGGAAGUGAUGGACAAUUUAUUAAAAGAACUUCAAGAUCUUUAUUCAUAUAGGGAUUUGUUUUUUGAAAACCACUCUAUUGAUUUGGCUCUGGAGAAAAAUAAACGGGUAGAAGAAAAGAAAGAAGUGUUAGUUGAGAAAUUCGAGUCAAUUGAUGUGGACACGCAAAUACCCGAAGUACUUCGAGCCAAAUUCCUCUACAUGAAAGGACGAUGCUAUAACAUAAGCCCUACUUACGAUGCAAGAGCUACACAGUGCCUCAGUAAGGCUGUUAAGCUUUGCCCAGCGCUAAUAGAUGCAUGGAAUGAACUUGGAGAAAGCUAUUGGAAAAACAUGAAUGUAAAAGAGGCGAAAUCUAGUUUUGAAGGUGCCUUGAAACAUGAAUGCAAUCGUUUGUCACUGCGAUGCCUAUCAAUCAUUCUGCGCCAGGAGAACAGUGAUAAAAAGCGUUCAGAAGCCCAUGCAGCUAUUAUGAAAAGCGUCGAUUUGGCUAAGGAAGCUGUUAGCCAGGACAUCAAGGAUGGGGUGUCUUGGUCUGUGCUGGGCAAUGCCUAUCUGUGUCAGUUCUUCAUGGUAGCUCAAGAUCCUGCUACAUUGAAGCUGUGUAUGAGCGCUUAUAAGCAGGCUUCGUUGGACCCCAUCGCUAAAGGACAGCCUGAUUUGUAUUACAAUAAGGGAAUUGCUCUAAAAUAUUCAGAGAUCUAUGACGAAGCAUUAUUUAACUUUGAGUAUGCCAGUCGGUUGGACCCACCGUGGCAGCCUCCGAAGCAAGAGCGAAUGAGACUGGUCACCUUCUUGAAUGCAGCUCACAGCCUGGUGCGGACCAGGGGCAAACUGAAGGCUAAGAAACUGGCUACUAUGGUGCAGGCCAUUGACAAAAAGAUGUUGGGCGUCUACGGCGAAGGUCUACAUGCUUUUGCCGGUCGCCGUGAGGUGGCGCUUGAGCAUACUCGCUUGGAUGCCUUGGAAGACGGUCCUAAUGAAGCCAGGGUGAUUCUGGGCAAAGUUGUGGGCUCCAUACACAACGAUAAUGCGGUACCAUUUUUAACUGCUUGGAACACUGCACGUCCCGUCACGGAACUCUACCACCAGGAUGGGAUCACACGACGACAGUUUGUGUGCACAUUCGCUCUAAUAGACGAGAGCAUGGAAUGCGUGCUAGUGACGGUUUACAACUGGGCGGACGGUCGCGGCGCCAUCAUAGGCGACUGUGUCACCAUACCCGAGCCACUCAUGCGCACACACAAGUAUGAAGCGGAUGAUGUGAGCUUCGACUUCAAGUCAAUACGUAUCAACAAUCCGCUACUUCUUCUUGUGAACGGGAAAAGGGUCGCACGCAAUCAGUUUGCAUGCACGAGAGUCACCAGUACCUAUGAAAUACACUGA